AUGCCUCAAUAUUUCACCGACUCCCCACAGCAUCCAGCGCUGCUUAUCUGUGAACUUUGUCGUUUGUUCUAUGAUAACAAUUGGGUGACUGGAACCGGUGGUGGAAUCUCCAUUAGAGAUGUCGAUGGUCCCAAUCCAGAUAUCGUCUACAUUGCUCCGUCAGGUAUCCAGAAGGAGAGGUUGAAGCCUAGAGAAAUGUUCGUGGCGGAGUUGCCUGGCAAGAUCUUACAAACGCCAAACGAAGGCAAUGACGGUAAACCUCUAUCAGCAGACUUGGCUAAAGAUUUCAAGUACAAGCCUUCGGCAUGUACGCCUUUAUUUCUAAGCUGUUAUAACAUGAGAGAUGCUGGUGCAUGUAUUCACACACAUUCGCAGAAUGCUGUCAUGGCGACAUUGAUUUUCGAAGAUAAGGUUGAGUUUAGCAUGAGCCACAUCGAACAGAUCAAGGCUUUGCCUCAGUUGGCAGCCAAUCCAAAGACAGGUAAGAUUGAAAAAGUUGGCAGCAUGCAAUUCUAUGACACAAUGGUGCUUCCAAUUAUCGAAAACACUCCUCACGAAGAGGAUUUGACGGAUACUUUGCAGGAAGCAAUCAGAGACUAUCCAAAUGCAACUGCAGUAUUGGUUCGUCGCCACGGUAUUUAUGUUUGGGGUGAAAAUGUGUGGAAAGCCAAGGUGUAUAACGAGGCUAUCGAUUAUUUGCUUGAGUUGGCUAUCAAGAUGCACCAGAAUGGCAUUCCACUCGUCAAGAAAUGA